ACUGCAAAUACUAUGAGUUCGAAAUCCGAAGCGAAGCUGCCGGCGGAAGUGGUGAUUUUCCCAAUCCCGGCGCAGGGACACAUGAAUUGCAUGCUCAAUCUUGCUCAUCUCUUCUGUUUAUCUGACUUCCACGUCACCUUCAUCGUCUCCGAGUUCAACCACCGCCUCCUCCUCAAGAACACCUCCGUCCCCGCCACCUUCGCCGCCUAUCCCGGCUUCCAGUUCCGGGCCAUCCCCGACGGCCUCCCCGACGACCAUCCCCGCUUGGGUGCCCAAGCCGGAGGAGUCAGUCCCGCCGUUAUAAACAACAUGGUUCCACUUUUCAAGAAAAUGAUGGCCGACGAACACCUCCACGCUUCCCCUCACCGCAGGCCGGCCACGUGCUUUGUCGCCGACGGCAGUUUCAGUUUUGCUGCUGACUUUGCGGAAGAGAACGGCCUUCCCUUGGUCUAUUUCCGAACCCCCAGCGCCGCCUACUUUUGGGCUUUUUUUCAAGUUUAUGAUCUCGUUCAAGCUCAAGAAAUUCCCAUUAAAGGGAAAUCGAUGGAUGGAUUAGUGAAAGGCAUACCGGGAAUGGAUGGAUUCCUCCGACGCCGGGACCUGCCAACCUUCUUCCGCACCAACGACGUAAAUGACCGUCUUCUUCAGAGCUUAGCAGCAUCGACGAGGCAAAUAGUACGAGCACAAGCAGUCAUAUUCAACACAUUCGAAGAUUUAGAGGGGCCGAUUUUAUCAGCCAUGUUCGAUAAAUUGCCACGAAUCUACUCUAUCGGUCCGAUCCACGAGCACCAAAAGUCCAGGCUCAUAGAGAAGAAAUCCGAGGCCUCAAUUGUUGCCGGCAAUUUAUGGGCGGAAGACCGGAGCUGCAUUGAUUGGCUGAACGCUCAGAUGCCGAGAUCGGUGAUCUAUGUGAGCUUUGGGAGCAUAGCAGUUGUGACGAGAGAGCAAUUGAUGGAGUUCUGGCAUGGUUUGAUCAAUAGCUCUCACAGAUUCUUGUGGGUGAUGCGCUCGGAUUUCGUCACCGGAGAAGAUGGGGAUGAUCAAAUUCCCGCGGAAUUGAUGGAAGGUAAUAAAGAAAAGGGUUACAUGGUGAAGUGGGCUCCACAGGAGGAGGUUCUCGGUCAUCCUGCAGUGGGUGCAUUCUUGACGCACAGUGGAUGGAACUCGACUCUGGAGAGCAUUGUUGCCGGUGUGCCGAUGAUAUGCUGGCCUUAUUUUGGUGAUCAAACUAUUAAUAGUAGGUUCGUGAGUGAGGUUUGGAGGAUCGGUCUUGACAUUAAAGAUACUUGUGAUAGAUUUAUUAUCGAGAAGGCGGUUAGGGAGGUUAUGGAAGUGAGGAAGGAUGAGUUUUUGGAAAGGGCAGAUGGUAUGUCCAAUAUGGCUAAGAAGGCUGUUCAAAGAGGUGGUUUCUCUUAUACCAAUUUGGAUGCUCUGAUUGAGUAUAUUAAGUCAUUGAUAACAUUUACCACUUGAUAAUUAUUGGACUAGUGGAAGUCAUACACUUCAAAUUAUGUUGUAAAUAUAAUAAAAAUGAACUUACAAUUUCUUAAUUGAAAUGGAUGAUAAUACAAUUAUAAUUUAUUGAUAUGGGAUGAAUA